GUGUUCAUGAAUAGUGCGGCACGCAAGCAGAUCAGACUUCGAAUGAGUGAAGUCAGCGCUGCAGCAGCUGCUGGAAUCCACCAUGAAGCUGUCUGUCCUCCUGCCUCUGUGCGCUCUGCUCACCCUCAGCCAGCAGGCUCCAUCUAAAUGUGAGUGUGAGCUGGUGAACAUAAAUCAAGCUUUUCCUCAUGACAAGCUCAGCAGAAUCCAGGACGAUGCCUCCAGCUGCAACACCAGAAUCACCCCACAGAGUAGCUUCGUCAUGGAGAGUGCCCUGCUGGGUUUGCAGCGGCGCCUACCUCAGCUAAUGAAAGAUGUGGUGGAGUUGGAGGAACAUCAUGACGAAGAUCUGUACAGCGUUCUCAGUCUGCACGUCUUAGAGAACGAACUCAUAGAGAUUCAGCUGCUGAUGGACAAACUGAAUGGCUCCAUCAGGGGAAACCGAGAGCUCGCCGUGAACACCACAGACCUGCUGCAGGAGCUGAAGGAAGGUUUGGCGGAUCUGGAGCACUUUGAUACCAUGCAAGUAGUGAAAAGGCAACAAGUCAACCAGCGUCUAAAGAAAGACCUGGACCAGUGCAGGAACGGACUGCAGCCCACCGUCAUGCCCACCCAGCCGAAAGAAGGUACGUGUCCUUUGGGUCAGCUUGUGAACAUCACAAAGCAAGUGGCCUCCACAAGUGGGGAGUAUCCUGGAUCUUACAAGUAUGGAGGCUGGGGCCGAGACCCAAAGCCAGAGACGGGGAAGGAGAGCUGGUAUUGGGUGGUGAUGUUGACCUCCAGUAAUAUAUACUCCAACUACAUCCGUUUCUAUUCCACUCUGAGCUCCUUAAUCGUCGGAAAGAGCACCCCAGGUAACAUCCAGAUCCAUUCCUCUAACCCAACUACCAACACCAUCCAGGGUCCAAACGUGGUUCUGUAUGGGGGGGCUUUGUACUACAACUGCUACAACCAACUAUCGGUUUGUCGAUUUAACCUCACCUCCAAAGCCAUCACCGUGACAAACUUACCCAAAGGCACCAGGUUUAACUCGAAAGGUAACUUCUGCCGGCUUGAUGAAUGCUACCCGUAUACCGAUCUGGACCUGGCCACAGAUGAAUCUGGUGUUUGGGUGACUUACACCACCAGCCAAGACUUUGGUAACCUGGUUUUAUCCAAAGUGGAAGAGGGUGAAUCACCGAAGCUUAACCAAACCUGGCACACCUCCAUUUACAAGCAGGCAGUGACCAACACCUUCAUGGCUUGUGGUGUCCUUUAUGCGACUCGUUAUGUCAAUACUAGCACAGAGGAGAUCUUUUACUCCUUUGACACUGCAACGGGAAAGGAGAACUUCAACGUUGGCAUCUUCUUGAGCAAAGUGUCUCCUAACAUCCUCUUCUUGAACUACAGUCCAGUGGACCAGAUGCUGCAUGCCUACUGCGACUCCCAGAUGGUGUCCUAUAGGCUUUUGUUUGAGAACAACGACUCACUGAAUGCCUGAUCCUAAAAGGUAAAGGUGAAGUUAAGCUCGUGAGGGUAGAGAUUUACUGAGCUGAUUUUUCUUUAUAAAACUGAUUUUACUGAGUAAGAAACUGUUAAUACGUUUUUGGUUCAAUAAAACUUUGAAUGUUUCUGA